AUUUGCACCCCCUCACAUCGCCGCGGUGGCUGCGUGCUGCCAGCACGCCUCUUUCUGGGAUAACUGGUCUCCAGGCUGCUUAGGACCGAGCCAACCUUCAGCCCUGGCGGUUAAUGAGCCAACGCUGCAGGUUCAUCAAGGAACGCCAAUGCUUGCAAGGGGCAAAUAUUUGCAAAAUUUCCUGUUAUGUAAUGACCAGCAUUUCACAAGGUUGGUUUUGUCACAGGAAGAGUUUGUGGGUCAUGCCGAGGUGCCCAUAGCUGUUGCCUUUCCCCUCGGAGAACGGCUCCGGGAGCCCAUCUUCACUCCCUCCUUGUGCUCCAGACCCCGUCAUCCACGUUUUAGCUUGUGGAAAUAAGCUGUGACUGGGGCACCAGCGCCAGAGGCUUCUGAGCGGUGGGAAAAGGGAAACCAGACGCAGCGAGAUUAGCCCUGGGGAUCUGAUGUGGAAACAGGGAGAGAAUUAACAAGCGGAGCAGCUGAGGCUGGGGAACUCCCCUGGCUCCAUUAGUAGCUUCAGGUGCAAACCACUAAAAACAAGAAAGCUUUUUCUGUAUGGGGGCAGAGGGCAAAGGGCCAGGAUGGGUCCCAAUUAGCCAUAUUAACAUCAGCCUGCUCUGGUCAGGUCAAACAAACAAGGUCACUGCUGCUCCCCGAAGCGGCUCGUCAGAAACUGAGGCACUUGGCGGGGAAGGGACUUACCAGGCGCCAUCCAGCCCCAAAUUUCCCUUGUGCUGCAGUCCUGCAUGGACCCUCCAACCUGCUAGCUGGAACCAGCUCUGUCGGACGUGGGGGAAAGGGGAUGCCCAGGUCCAUGGAGCCGCUGCAGGUCCUCGCUUCUCCCCGCGGCCUGGUUCUGAGAAGCACUGCGUUAUUUCAAAUUUUGGACUAGGAAGUGCUCUCAGGGAAGCCUCCCUCUCCCCCUGGCCACAUCCCAGGCCUGCACCUGUCCUUGGCAGGAAACCGUUCCCUCUGCUCCGCUCCUCUCUGUGCCCCAAGCCUUGCGGAGGGCGCUAGGCUGUGCAGGAGGGCCUGUGCCCCCCCAUGUUCAAUGCUUCCCUGGGGGCCUGUCGUACUCUCUUCACAGCCCCCCUGAGCAGGGUUGUCUUGGGCAAGCCACUGCCCUCCCCGCGGCCACGAGGGAGCGAGGGCAGAGGGGCAGUGCUUAGCUGGCAGAGCUCAGCUGCCUCUAGCCCUGCUGCCAGCAGCAAAGGGAGCCCCCGACACAACCCCCGAGACUGGGCCUGCAAGGACCACUGCCUCCAUCUCAUCCCCUCUGCUGAGGGAAAUGGGCUGCUGAGAGAGGAAAAGAAGAAUAGGGAGGCAGGAAGGGGUCUGUUGGCCCCACUGCGCAUGUCCUCCUCCUGCUCCACUCCAUCCCCAACCUGUCUUUUAUACAGCCACAAGGUCCCCUUUUGACUGGUGCAUAAUUUGAAGCCUGGACAACGGUGGCUGCUUGUUGCAAUGGUGGAAAACCAGGUGUUUCUAACCAGGGGUCAUAGCACGCAGGCCCCCAAAGCUCGGCCCUCUCCUGGGACGCUCUAAGGUGCUGUCAGGCCAUCCAAAUGGAUAACCUCAACAUGGUGAGCGCCUGGCCAGCCCCUGCCAGUGCGACGGGGGAGCAGUGCAACCCCUGGCAUUGCCCCAGGCCUCACUGGGGACCAUCGUCAUUGCAACGUGAGCGGUAUGGACCAGGAAGGGUGGCUCAAAUGGGAACUGGCGGGUGAGAGUCACAAGAUGCCUGCCAAAGGCUGCGAUCUGCUGAUAAAGAGCUCUCCCACGUUGAGUCACUCUGCCGUUACCCAAGCUCUGGCUUUGGCAGUGCUCUUGCCUCUCCUACAGUCGGAAGCCACUCACAAGGAUGUGGCUGUACUUGGCGGCCCUGCUGGCGCUGUACUUCCUGCGCCGAUGGCACCGGGAGCGGCAGAUGGUUGGGAACCUCCCGGACAAACACGUCUUCAUCACGGGCUGCGACUCCGGCUUCGGGCACCUGCUGGCCAAGCAGCUGGACGGGCGGGGGCUGCGGGUGCUGGCGGCGUGUCUGACGGAGCAGGGGGCCGAGCGGCUGCAGCAGACGACAUCGGGGAGGCUGCAGACGGUGAUCCUGGAUGUCACCUGCUCCGACAGCAUUGCCGCGGCCACUGCCUGGGUGAAGGAGCAGGUGGGGGACCGAGGGCUCUGGGGCUUGGUGAACAACGCUGGCAUCGCGACCCCCACUGCCCCCAGCGAGUGGCUGAGCAAGGCUGACUUCGUCAGGGUGCUGGACGUGAACCUGGUGGGGCCGAUCGAGGUGACGCUGAGCCUGCUGCCCCUGGUGCACAGAGCCCGGGGCCGCGUCGUCAACAUGGCCAGCGUCCUGGGCAGAGUGUCAGGCAUGGGAGGCGGCUACUGCCCUGCCAAGUACGGCGUGGAGGCCUUCUCCGACAGCCUGAGGCGUGAGCUCCACUAUUUCGGGGUCAAGGUCUCCAUCAUCGAGCCAGGUGCUUUUGAGACGUCACUUGUCAGUCCCCAGAGCCUGCAGCAGAGCCUGGAGCAGGUGUGGAGCCGCGUCCCCGCUGAUGUCAGAGAGGCGUAUGGGCAGCAGUACUUUGACCACUACCAAAAGGUUAUGCAGAGGUUCUUCCGCUCGGCCAGCCACAACCUCCGCCUGGUCAGCAACGCCAUGGAGCACGCGCUGACAGCCCGACACCCCCGCACCCGCUACUCCUGCGGCUGGGACGCCAAGCUCUUCUACCUCCCCGUCUCCUAUCUGCCGGCCUCGUGGGCAGACUUCCUGCUGACCCGCAGUAUGCCCAAGCCUGCCCAGGGCAUCUAGGCAGCGAAGUCCCUGUGAGCCAGGAGCUGCAGUGAAGAUGCCUCGGUUGGAACGGGAGUGUCUUUGUGCCAGGCACGUGAUGCUCAAAGUCUCCUCGCUGGCUUCCACAUGACCACAGCGGAGGCUUGGCUCUGAGAGCGAGGAAGCUACAGAUGGCAGCCCUGUACCCCUCUCUUAUCCCUUAAAAUCCAGCUGCUUGAAGUAGCCAGGGGUCUUUACAGCUCAUGUACUUCAGCCCCUUGGAUGCUGCUGAUGGCACGAGCCUGGUGGGCUGCCUGUCAGCACUGGGUCUACUGUCUGUACAGCUGUGUCUCCCAGUCUCAGGUACUUAGCUACAUGCUCCUGUCUGGCUUCUCAGUGAAAAGCCAUAUGUCGCCAGUGAGGAAAAAUAUGUAUAUGGGGCUUUGGGAUGAAAAAUAAAG